AUGCCCUCUGGCAGCAUCGCCUUUAUCUUCUGCAAUAGUGGCUUCCUCCCAGAAUUCAGCGUCUAUGUCAACCGCGACAUCUGUGGCGUCACCAUCCCCACAUCCCCCUCUUACAAUUCAUCUGCAGUCGCCGGAUUCUACGGAGGCAGAGACGGCCAGAGAUUCACGCAGCUGAGGUUUAAUAGUGGCGACAACUAUCAGGCCUGGAUUGAGUUUAAUGGGUCAGUGAUCAAUGUCACCAUGGCUAUAGCUGGCUCGAUGAAACCCACAAGACCACUCAUAAGCAUUCCUUUGAAUCUCACUGGACUUUAUCCUNAUGNUAUGUUCGUCGGACUCACUGGAGCUUCAGGACAACUUGUGCAAAGCCAUAGGAUCCUCUCAUGGAGCUUUAGCAACUCCAAUUUCUCCAUUGGUCAUGCUUUAAUCACUAGGAAUCUUCCUUCUUUUAAAUUGCAAGAUGACUCUGUCUUUAGGUCUAAAGGUUUCAUUGCUGGGAUCUGUGCUGGUGCCCUUGUGCUAUUAUUACUCUGUGUUAUUGGGAUCCUUCGUUUCUAUCUUGUAAGGCGGCCGAGGAUGGGGUUCGACGAAGAUGUUGAAGAAUGGGAAACAGAGUAUUGGCCUCACAGAGUGCAAUACAAAAGCGUCUUGGAAGCAACAAAAGGGUUUUCCGAAGAGAACAUGAUUGGAGACGGAGGGAAUUCAAAGGUGUAUAAAGGAGUGUUGGAAGGCAAACAAGUGGCGAUUAAGAGAAUCAUGAUAAGCCCUCGUGAGAGCGUGGCUAGGACGAAUGAGUUCUUAGCUGAGGUCUCGAGCUUAGGGAGGUUAAGACACAGGAAUAUAGUGGGACUAAAAGGCUGGUGCAAGAAAAGAGGAGAGAGUUUAAUAUUGGUCUAUGAGUAUAUGGAGAAUGGAAGCGUAGAUAAGCGGAUAUUUGAUUGCAACGAUAUGUUGAAUUGGGAGGAAAGAAUGAGAGUGAUAGGAGAUGUUGCCUUAGGGUUGUUGUAUUUACACGAAGGGUGGGAGUCAAAAGUGUUGCAUAGAGAUAUAAAGUCAAGCAAUGUGUUGCUUGAUAAGGACAUGAAUGCAAAAGUAGGUGAUUUCGGGCUGGCCAAGUUACAGAACACUAGAAAAGAGAUGGUUAGCACGACACACAUGGUUGGAACAGCAGGGUAUAUGGCACCUGAUCUGGUUAAGACAGGGAGAGCAUCAACACAGACCGAUGUGUAUAGCUUUGGAGUGUUUGUGUUGGAGGUAGUGAGUGGAAAGAGACCAAUAGAGGAAGGAAGAGAAGGGAUAGUGGAAUGGAUAUGGGGACUAAUGGAUAAAGAAAAAUUGUUGGAUGGUUUAGACGAGAGGAUAAAAGCGAAAGGAAAGUUCAAGACCGAGGAAGUAGAAAUAGCCCUGAGAAUAGGACUGUCGUGUGUACAUCCUGAUCCGAGAGUGCGUCCAACGAUGAGACAAGUGGUGCAGAUAUUAGAACAAGUGAGAUUAGUGGAAGACGAUGGUGAAGGAGAAGGCAUGGUUGUGUGGUUGUUGGAGAGAGUGAAGAGUUCUUUCUCGUUGGAAAUUGGUGAGGGAAGACAACAGCAUCCCACGUUCCAAGAGGUAUGGAACUUGCCUUCUUAUUCUAUUUCCUUAGAGAGUUCUGAUUCUAUUUUUCAAGGAAGGUGA